AUGCGGCAGAGGAACCGCCGGGGGAAGCCAGCAGGGAAAGUGAACUGCAAGAACAUGAAGCAGGACUGCCCCGUGCCCACCUGUCCCCGGGCCACGCUGCUGCCCGGGCACUGCUGCCACACUUGCCCCAAAGCCUUGCCAGGCCCCCCGGAGAAGAGCCCCGCGCCCCCCUUUGACACCUUCGAGUACUUCCAGGACAAGGAGGACGACCUGGACAAGCCCUACAACGACCGCUCCUACCUCAGCUCCGAGGGGCUGGCCCGUGAUGAUGCCCGCACAGAGUUCGUGGCGUUGCUGACGAGUGGCCCGGAGCCGUGGCAUCCCACGUCCAGCGCGGUGGCGAAGGCUCGCCUCACACUGCUGCGCUCCUACCUGCUCUUCUCCAUCAGCUAUGAGCGGCUGGGGCGGCCGAGCCGGGUGCGUUUCAGUGACCCCGAGGGAAAUGUGCUGUUUGAACACCCUGUGCAGAAGAGCGCUACCCCCGAGGAUGGCAUGCUCUGCGGGAUGUGGAGGACGGUGUCCAAGGCCAACAUCCAGCUGCUGCGGGGGGAGCAGCUCCGCGUGUCCCUCGUCACCCGGGCGCAGCCCUCCGGAGAGGUCCACGGGCACAUCCUCAAGCACCGGGCACUCUUCGCAGAGACGUUCGGUGCCAUCCUGACCUCGUCAGACCCCACACACCUGGGCGCUGGGGGCAUGGCCAUGCUGACACUGAGUGACACUGAGAACAACCUGCACUUCAUCCUCAUGGCUCGAGGGCUGCUGGAGCCUGGCGCCGGGGAAUCCCCCUGGGUCCCACUGCGGGUCCGCAUCCUGCACCAGGGCCAGACGCUGCGGGAGGUCCGUGCCAACAUCACCGAAGAGGACCCCGACUUCGCGGAGGUGCUGAGCGAGCUGUCUGCCCAUGAGCUGCAGUGGCUGGUGCAGGGGCAGCUCCGCAUCGUGGCUGAGACGGAGGGUCGGCACGCACGCCAGCUGGCGGGCACCAUCACCACCCGCCGCAGCUGUGACACCAUCCAAAGCGUGCUGUGUGGAGCAGAUGCCUUGCUGCCCACCAAGACAGGGGCUGUGGGCUCGGCCAAGCUGGCACUUCACGAGAAUGGCACCCUGGAGUACCAGGUGCAGGUGGUGGGCACUGCCAGCGAGGUGGUGGGCAUCACGCUGGAGACCAAGCCCCGGCGGAAGAGCAAGAGGAACGUGCUGUUUGACAUGACGCCCAGCUACAAGGACGGGCUGGCCCAGGGUGCCUGGCAGACCCCCAGCGCCCGCGAUGCCCACAUGCUGCUGCAGAACGAGCUCUUCCUCAAUGUGGCCACCAAGGACUGGGCAGAGGGCGAGCUGCGGGGCCAGGUCAUCUCCCUGCCCUACAGUGGGCUCCUUGCCCGCUACACAGAGAUGCCUGUGGCACUGGCAGGGCAGCUGGUGUCCCCACCGGUGGGCAGUGGCGCCGGGGGGCACGCCUGGCUCUCGCUGGAUGAGCACUGCCACUUGCACUACGAGAUCUCAGUGGCGGGGGGGGAUGGCACUGUCAGCGCUCACCUCCAUGGAGUGGCUGAGCUGGGCGAGAUGGGUGCCCGUCCCCACCAGCACAAGCGCCUGCUCAAGGGUUUCUACAGCACCGAGGCACAGGGGGUGGUGAAGGACCUGGACGCCAACCUGCUGCAGCACCUGGCCCAGGGCACUGCUUUCCUGCAAGUCAGCACCAAAGCCCACCCCCAUGGCGAGAUGCGAGGACGGGUGCACAUCCCCAACCGGUGCCACACAGGAGGGACCCGCCUGGCCCCGGGGGAGACCAAGCUCUCCGAGGGUGCCAAGACCAGGGACCUGGAGCAGCUGAAGAAGGACCCCAACUCCUGCUUCUUCGAGGGGCAGCACCGGGCGCAUGGCACCAAAGCAGUGCCCUCCUGUAACGAACCCUGUACCUGCUGCCCCCAGAAACGCACGGUGAUCUGUGACCCCAUCCUGUGCCAGCCCCUCAACUGUACCCACCAGGUGCACCCCGAGGAGCUGUGCUGCCCUGUCUGCAAAGAGAAGAAGAUGGGGCAGGAGGAGCUGAAGCUGGAGCGGGCACGGGACAGUAGCGAGGGCUGCUACUUUGACGGGGACAAGACAUGGCGAGGCUCUGGCACCCGCUGGCACCCUGUCGUGCCCCCCUUUGGCCUCAUCAAAUGUGCCAUUUGCACCUGCAAACACAACAACGAGAGCUGGCACCCCUCCGUACCCCCCUUCGGAGAAAUGAAGUGUAUCCUGUGCUGGUGUGUGUCAGGGGAGACACACUGCCAGCGCCAGGAGUGCCCCCCGGCCGCCUGUGCCAGCCCCGCCAGCAGGGACAAUCCCUGCUGCCAGCAGCAGCAGGCACAGGCUGUGCCCCUGCAGGCCGGGGCGCUGAUCCCCCCCCUGCCUAUGCCCAUGGCGGGGGCUGCAGACGCGGUGCCUGGCGACAGUGCCUGCUGGCGCUGGGACAGCAGGGCUCUGUCCCCCGCACCUCUGCUGUAG